AAAAAAAAAAAAGAGGAAUAAAAAACAAUGGCUCCUCUAACAAAAAUAACAUUUCUUGUUAUUGCAAUUUCCUUCUUCCUCACAAUUCCAUCAAAUGCAUUUGAUUAUACAUUAAAAGUAGCUCUUUCUACUCCAAUUACUCCAAAAACUCCUAUCAUUCCAAAACCCAAACUUCCAGCACCAAAGGUCGUUGCUGUAAGUCAAAACGUACCGGCAUUUGUUAAGGCGUCAUUGGUUAGCACAAUGGCCAAGACACAAGAUUUUAUCAAGAAUGUAAUUGAUAAAAGAUUGGCUUCAAGUGCACCAAUAGAUCAUUACAAAAAAGAUUGUUUUAAAACAUGCAAAGAGGUGUAUGAAGAUGCAAUUGAUUCAAUGAAAAAGGCAACACAAGAUGUUAAAGAACUAAAUUAUUACAAAGCAAAUAUGGAUAUUGGUGCAUCAUAUACAUACCUUGACACUUGUCGUGAUUGUAUUGUUGAUACAAAAGAUAAUGAGCCUGCCUUUGAACAAUUUGAUAGGUGGGCAAAAGCAAUUGCUAGUGAUUGUCUUAGCAAAGUUUCUAAAGAAUACUAUAAAAAUUAAUAAACAUUAUAGUAUUCAAGUUUAGUGUUUUAAAAGUUAUAUACAUCGAUCGAUCGAUCAUCUAAAAAUAUUUACCAAGAUGAGAUUUGUAAUCUUAGCUUGAGAAAUAAGGUGGCACUAAUAAUUUCUU